UCUCCCCUGUUUCUGGUUGGAUCUCACAGAUACAGAGCUCUCUUCCUCAUACACAUAUGCACGAAUAUACCUAUAACUUCAACUUCACCAUGAGAAGUGAUGAUGAUCAAUAAUGGCUUCAAAACUAUCUUCACCACUCAUCCCAUGGCUCAUCUUCCUAACAUGCUCACUCAUCUUCCUCUACUCCACACUCCUCCCUCUCUACACACCUCCUUCAACAAUUCCCUUCUCACCCCCUUGCAAUCUCUUCAAAGGCCAAUGGAUCACAGACCCCAAUCACAAACCCAUCUAUGAUGACACCUGCCCUUUCCACAGAAACUCCUGGAACUGCCUCAGGAACCAGAGAGACAACAUGGGUCUAAUCAAUUCCUGGAAAUGGGUCCCUGAAAAGUGUGAAUUGCCACAGAUCGAUCCAUCUGGGUUUCUGGGUUUGAUGAGGAAUAAGAGAAUUGGGUUUGUUGGGGACUCGUUGAAUGAGAAUUUUUUGGUGUCUUUUCUUUGUGUUCUUAGGGUUGCUGAUGUGGGUGCUAAGAAGUGGAAGAGAAAAGGGGCUUGGAGAGGUGCUUAUUUUCCCAAAUUCAAUGUUACUGUGGCUUACCAUCGCUCUGUGUUGCUUGCCAAAUACGAGUGGCAGCCAAAGAAGUCAGCAGGCUCCAAUCAAGAUGGAUUGAAGGGAAUAUAUCGAGUAGAUGUUGAUAUUCCGGCAGAUGAUUGGGCUUCCAUCACUGGCUUCUAUGAUGUCCUUGUAUUCAAUACUGGCCACUGGUGGGGUUACGACAAGUUCCCAAAAGAGACGCCUCUUGUUUUCUAUAAGGCUGGGAGACCCAUAGUUCCACCCCUGCAGAUGUUGGAUGGAUUUAAAGUUGUCCUUGAGAGUAUGGUUUCUUACAUAGAAAAAGAAUUCCCAAGAAAGACACUCAAGUUCUGGCGCUUGCAAUCUCCAAGACAUUUUUAUGGUGGUGAUUGGAAUCAAAAUGGUAGUUGCUUGUUCAAUGAGCCCCUUGAGGAACAGCAGCUUGAUUUGUGGUUUGAUCCCAGCAACAAUGGAGUGAACAAAGAAGCAAGACGACUGAAUCAUAUAAUUGAAGAGGCAUUACAAGGCACUGAUAUUCAAUUACUUGAUCUGACUCAUUUGAGUGAGUUUAGAGCAGAUGCUCAUCCGGCAGUUUGGCUGGGAAAGAAGGAUGCAGUGGCAGUCUGGGGUCAGGACUGCAUGCACUGGUGCCUACCAGGUGUCCCCGACACAUGGGUUGAUAUCCUGUCACAACUGAUCCAUUAUAGGUUGGAGACAGAGUGAUGAUGACUUCAAACUGCCUGUUACAGAAUUUGAUUGGGAUUUCCUUUUUGCUAAUUUGUGCGGAUAUGGGAAAUGAAAUUCUUGAGCAGUAUAUCCGCCAAUGCAUGUAUUAGAGCAAGAUAUGAGGAGUUGGUCACACCGUACAAGCACAUUGCAACAAGUCAAGUUUCCCUAAAGAUUUAAAAACUACUUCUGGUGGGUGGGGGAGUUUUGGUGAUGACCCUUUGUUCUUCCAAUUUUUCUCCUCUCCCGGGGCCAGAAAAAGCUGGGUGGAAGGUUUAGCUGAUACAGAAAUGAUAUGGAAGUUUGGACCGAGUCAUUUUUUAGACUAUUUCAUUGGUAUCAUUUUUGUUGUUUAUAUUAUUUUGUUUCUUACAUCUUUUUUUUUUUCUUUUUUUUCCCUUUUAAACACCUCUAUAGCCUACUACUUGUAAAUUUUGUUGUUCCCUUACUGGUAAGAAUGAUCUUAUGAUUGUGAGAAGAUGCCCUUAUCAUGUCCAAGUAGUCCGGAUGUUUUUUUUCAAAAAAAUUUAUUGCAUAAAUAUCAAUGUGUUCGCUCAUUUAUUGGUA